CUAAGUGGAUUUUUGUUUGUUCUUCUAUCACAUCUCUGGCUUCUCCUCACCCUCUUUAGAAAUGGGACCAUCUGCCUGGAGAGAAAUGUGCCUUGGAUAAGCAAGACCAAAGCAUCUUCACUUUGGAGUUCUUGAGAAGAACUAUCUGUUUUUAAAAGGGAGUUUAAACAAGAAUGUCUAAGCAGAGAGGACCCACAACCUCUCCCUAGCAGCAGCUAGGAAGAAGAAGGUGACUGGGGCGUCUCCAAAGAUGACCUCCCUGCAUCUCUCAUGGCCUCAUCUCUUUUCAAGACCCUUUCAUGUGACAGACCCCAUGAUGAAUGCCUGGAGGCAGCUCUGUACCGCAUUACUUAUUUUGUCAGAGCUGCCAUCUCUGCCAAAUGGUGGCCAGACACUCAGACAGACUUUCCCAAUUAGCAGAGUCCUGCAGCUGAUGUCUGGGGCUGCAUCUGUGUGCCCUGUGCAUUACUACAGCUGAGACACUGGCUAGGCCCACGUGGCCCGGGGUAGGUAACCACCUCAGCCAUAGGGCAGGGAGGAAGCAGCUGGGCCUUCUUGAAAGUUGUGAUUUCCCGCAGCUCCUCGUGCUUGGCUGUGAAGGCCGCUGUUGGGUGUUUAGUCCUUUCAUCCUUCUGUGGCCUGGGUGGAUCUGGAGCCUCCAGAGUGACUCAUCUGGAUCAUGCCACAGGCCUUGGCUUCCUCCUCAGCCUCAGGAGGGAGGGACUCCACAUGCUCACCAUGGCGGAUCCCACAAGACGUCGGUGUGUGGGACCAGCUCCUGGAACGACUCGCACUCCAGGUGAGCCCUUGCGUUCAUUCGCACCUUCAGCCUCUCCUGAGCCUUGGGCUUAUGAGAGUCUCAGUGUAACUCCAGAGAUGCCUGCCUUGUCCUCUUUCCUCUGCUCCCCACAGACACAUCUCAUGUCCUUGUCCUCACUGAAUGCUUGCAGCUGCUCCAUGUCCCACAGACUUGCUUUGCACCUUUCAGAAACUUUGCCACUUUUGCUGCCUAUACAAAAUAGUCUCCCUCCUCAGCACAAGUGCAUUUAAUCUCCCUCAGCCCUUGAAAGAAAAAUAUUCUUCUAAUUUUACUCCUGCAGUAACCUCUUUUCUCCCCUCACGGUUACUUUCUGACUGGUGUUUGUUUCUGAGAUCUUUUAUAAUGUUUCAGUGUUCUUUGUGCAGUGGCACUUACAUGCUGCAACCAGACAUGGAUGAUGAAGGCCACAUGCAAAGAAAUGGUCCUCCUCUGAAGAGCUCACAGACUGCAGGUGGUCAUGGGGAAAAGGUAGAUUCCCAAAGCAACUACAUGGAAUUAUUGGCAGCAGCAGCAAUCUGAAAAGCUCUGCAUUUUUCCCCUUGAUUUUGUCUCUGAUGGCAGAAAGACCCAACCAGACUGCAGCUUUGUUUGGCAUCAGACUUGCCUCCUGAGAUGAUCACACAAGAAGUCUUUUAUCACUUUGGCGGCUGAGAGCCAGAGCUGCUUGUGGUGGAAGUCGCUGGGACUGUAACCCCGGGUUGUCGUGGGAUGAGAGUCAAGCUUGGCCUGUCAGCAAGGCGAGUUGCAGCAGCCUGAGCCCCUGCCAGGACACGUCAGUACUUCUGAGCGUGCUUCCCCCGGUGCUGCACUCAUUAAGGAAAAGGUAUGAAAUCCACAUCUAAGUUGCACUAGUCCUUUAAAAAAAAUGAAGUGUUGUCUAAAAUAAAAAUCCUGUCCAGAAUCAUGGUCUAAUUCCUUAGGAAGUCACUAUAAAUUGAACCUCCUCUGCUCUCACUGCCUAAUAACAUCUUGGUUUUCUUACUGAUCUAGUUCAACUUCUGUGCUAUUUGCGCUGUGCUAUCCUCAGUGCUGUCACCUCUGCUUAAUGCCCAGGUUUGUGUUGAGGAGGAGGGGUCCUGCUGAACUCCUCAGGCAUCAGCAGGUCUCCAAGGCUGCAGUCACCCUUCCUUGCAGCUUCCCCAAUUCAUUUCACAACAUACUAACCACAUCUUGAGGACGAGACGCUGACACAGCCAGAGAAGUACUGCCGUCAGUUGCAUUUCCCAGGAGUGAGGAAGUUGUUUCCUUUUCCCAGCCAUGUUUUGCUGAAGAAAUAAUUUUAAAAGAGAAGAAGAAAAACACACAUUAUUGUGCAAGCAAGAUGGAAAACAGCUUUCUGUGGGUUCCAGGUAUUUAUGUGCCAUUCUGUCUGCAAUGCCAUUAGCAAUGAUAUUGCCUGUUGCUGACUAUUAAGUAUGGACGAUUUUGCAAUAGCUGUGUGCACAGUACCUUUGGAAGCAGUGCCUUUUCCCUGUCUGUCCUCAUGGCUCAGUUUAUUUGUGUGCAAGGCAACAGCAAUGUUUAUCAAGGCUUUCCAUCAGCUGUACAAACUCAUGGCAGAAUCAGCUGUGUGUGUAUGUCCCUUACCAUGAGAGCUUCAGUUUCUGGGUAGUAGGCUCUUGGGCAGAUCCUAUGAGAUGUGGUGAUUCUCAUGUAUCUCUCUAGACAAAGUGCUGCCUAUGCAUAUACUUUAAGGGCAUAUGCAUAUAGUAUAAGAAAGGAAAAAGCACAUUUGUUUGUUUUCCAGACUCCCUGUAGAACGAGUCUAAAAUAGAACUAUCAUUCACUAUGUAAAAAACAAAAACAAAAAACCCUGACAAAAACAUUAUCAUAUUUCUAAAAGAUUUCUUAUGUUUUUCAGGGUAUCACUAAGACUUGCCAGGCUCCUCCUCUCUCCUUCCCUGCCUCACCCCAAAUAUUUCCAUUUUUGGCUAAAAAAAAAUCUCAAGUUUGAGAAUUUUCUAACCAGCAAUGUCAGCCAAAACCCGGGCCCUUUUCCCUAAUUUUUCCACUUAAUUUUUAAAGUAUCUUCUGGCAAAACAAAAAUAUUGUUUUGAUGGAAAAUUUUCAACCAGCUCUGCUCACUAGUUUCUGCAGACAGUCAUACAGGCAAAACAGUGCAUCUUCCAAGAGAGGAGACUGUCCGAAAGGGCUGAACAUGAGGCAGGCAGUGACUAAUGCUUCUCUCCCCAGCCCUGUGCCCCAGCCAGCACUGUGCUCUUUUGCAGGCUGCAACCCUUGGUGAGACCCAUCUUUCUAGAGACAUUUCUGGUCUAAAUUUCUCUUGGCAAGUCAACUCCAUAAUUCAGGUAUUUUGCCAGCUUGAAGGAAACUGUGGGUGGCACAGCAGGAUCACCGAGAGACCACAAGACUUGGAAGAGCAAUAUUCUGCAUCUCUUAUCCAUGUUAACUAAAUACUUGGACUCCUGUAGGCAAGUACCAGCUGGCAGGGAGGGGUGGGGAGAUGAGGCCUAGUCCAGCUCACUAUUAAAACAAACUUCCCUGUGCUAUUGUUGAACAGAGCUGUUUAGAAAUACCAGCAGCUGAGCCGUGCACAGGCAUGAGCAGUCUCAAGUGUAACCCCUGAGCAGCUCUGUGGGCAAGAUUCUAAAUUGACUGGUAGACUGAAACAACACCAGUCACAUCACUGCUGUGUAUCUUUUACCCAUCUGUCUCUUGGGAAGGUGAAGCAUGAAUUCAAGGGAAGCUCAGCUCCUCUCAGGAAGAUAUUCCUGCAGAGACAGGCAGAAGCUAAGUUUCAGUAUUUGGCUUCAGGAGCCAAAAAAGCCUCUGCACGCUGGCUACAUGGUCAGUAUCCUCUGAGGACAGCCAUUCCGCAGCAGUCCCUAAUACUUGCCAAGUGCUCUGAGAUCUUCCAAUGAAAGGGUUUUUAGAUGUGGAAAAGUUUAUUGCCCUUCUCUGACCAUUGGUGAUUUUAGUGGGUUAAGUUAGGAACAGGAAAUACAGUGACUAGAGGAAAGCCAUUAAUAUUAAAGUCCAGCCUUUGCCAGAUAGUCUUAUGUUAUCUUUGCUCUUUCAUGAAAUAUUUUCCCACUUUCCUUGCAGGGUAUUUGUUAGAGGGGUAGCAACUGAGGAGCUGUAUCUUGGCACAUCUCCACCUGCUUUUCUGUAGCAGCGCACAUUUGUGCUGUGGGAUUUUAAGAAUUUCCUUUGCCUUUAGAAUUGAUAUGCAAACAGUCAGCUGUACAGACAUCAAUCUGACCAGUAGACAUGCUGCGUGACCUAAGAAAUAAUACAGGUGGUCAGCACCAUGCUGGUGACUCCAGAAUUUCUGGAGAAAACAGACUCAUUUUACUCUGUCUAGAAGAUGGGAGGUCCUGUGUACACCAUCCAGUAAUGUAAUCUGCUGUGCUUGACUGAUCACAAAACACCCACCAGGAUUUCCCUAACAGCACUCUUGAUUAUUGCCAAGGAAAGCAAAGGUUUGUAAGGAAUGUGAGCCCUGACCUUGCCACCUCAAAAAUAGCUUGGAGAUCUCAAGAUGCUCAUUUCAACAGCCACGUAUACAUCCCCUCUGUGCUAUAUACCAAGUCUGCUAGGUUGAUAGGAACCAGAACCUUCCAUCUCCAGCCUGCACAGUGAUCUAAGUAACCUUUCAUGCCAGAGCAAACAUAGAGCCCCGUGCAGUCAGCAUACAGUUCUGCCAGCAUCCCUUUCUUCAACUCCUCAAACAGUCGUGGACUCCGUUGUGCUAAAAGCAGCUGGGAUACAGUUUCUGUAAAACGGGCCAUCUUGAUUUUCCUGUCUGCCAUGUUGCUGUAAGUCACACUAUGCAUUUGUACUGCCAUGUGAUAGGUAUGGACUGAGAGAUAGUAAGACAGGAGAGAUGAGAGUUUCCAGCUGCAUAACCCUGUUCAUGCCAUCUCUCCCGCUAGUGACUUCAUCAGAGCUGUAUGACUGAGCUGUUGUGUACCUUGUAGACAGAUGUUGAAGCGUAAAAGAAAAAUUUCAGCCCGGAAAGUCUCAUAUCACUAAGCAGGUUGUUCCCUGAGGCAAUAAACUUUUCUGUUAAAAAGAAGUCUUUUAUUUCCCACUGAUGCUUGUCAGGUGGCAAGGAGAACCAUUCUCCUGUCCCAGAAGGCCCUAGCUGCAGACACUGCCUUGGAAGUGAAGCUUGCUCUCAUGGCUACGGCAAAGGAAUGGGAAGCACGAGAUCUGGCAUGAAGUCCUACUCCCACUGAAGCCAGUGGGAUGUUUGCCAUUGGCUUCAGGGGAAGCCAAGAUUUCGGUCUGCAGCCAGAUUUGCUGGUGUGUUGUGCUAUGCUGUGUGCUGGAUCAGAAAAGUUUCGUGGUUUCCUGAUGAAGCUGUUACUGCCUCGGCUCCUCUGCUGCAGAUAGCUGGUCUCUCACCUGACCCCUGCUCCCUGCUUGUCUCCCUGUUUUGAAAUCUUAUUCUUAGGUGAGAAACUCUUUGAGGAAGAGACUGGCUGCAUGGUUUGUGCCUACUUGUAUUGUCCCACAGCUGGGGCUGCUGGACAUGUCUGCCACCAGAAACAUCCCCUUCACUGUGGAUGAUGGAUGAUGCAAGAGGAUGGCAACAGUGCAGAGCUGGAAUAGGUGGUUUGAAUUAAGUAAAACACGGGAUUUUCUCCAGCACAAAGAGGGACAAAAUCAAAAGUGAGAAGGGCACAGGAUCCUGGCAGUUUUAAAGGCCAAGCAUCGUCGCCAACACGCACCCGCUCUCCCAUGUACCAUGUUGAUGAUUUCCUCAUAAGCACGACCCAGGAACCAGCUUCCCUCUGACCUUUGUGGAGGAAACUGUGGUGAAACUCCCUUCCUGCAUCUGGAUCCUGGACCUGCAAAGUCUUCCUUGCAAGGUGUGACCACCUAAACCAUCAGCUUGUUUCUUGUUUCGGCCCAAGACCCUUUGAGCUCUGUCAGUGGCAGGAGCCGUGCUCGUGUGUGGGAUUGCCCCUGGCUGAGUUUGGAACCUGCUGAGCUAGAUAUGCUCUUCCAACUGGAGAGAUCAUUCCGAGAGGUGCUGCUAUAAAAGAUGAGGCUGAAUGAGAGCCAGACCAGACCCUUUCAGGCUCCUGUCACCAUCCACAACUACCCGGGCGGGCAGGUGUACGUGUUCCCAAAUGGCCGCUCUGACUCGGAGGAGUCGUCAGAGGAGGAGCUCAAUGUCAUGGAACUGCGGCCCAGGGGCAAAGAGCAGCAGCGGUGCGGCACCGCUCGGCACAGAGCUGGGGAUGUGGUGCUUCUGGAGCGAGAGGUCACCGAGGACGACAAUCUGAACAAGCUUGCCCUGCAGUACGGUUGCAAAGUUGCGGACAUCAAACGCGUCAACAACUUUAUCAGGGAGCAGGACUUGUAUGCUUUGAAGUCCAUCAAGAUCCCGGUGAAGACCCACGGGCUGCUGACAGAGAGCAGCAAGGAGCUGAGGCCGCUCGCAGCUGCGCGCUCCCAGAGCGGCGUGACGCUGGUGGACGUGCCGGAGCCUGACGCUGGUGCCAGCGGCUCUGCUGACAGCAAGCAGCUGGUGGAAUACUUCAGGGGCAUCGACCAGAGCAUCCAGGACGCGGUGCAGGCGGAGGCGCAGCUGAAUGCUGAGUACUGCGUGGAGCCGCCGGAGAGGCCGCUGGCAGAGCUGGGGAAGCGGGAGAGCAGUAAUGGUGCGGACUGUGGAAUCCAGUGGUGGAACGCAGUUUUUAUUAUGCUCUUGGUAGGAAUUGUCUUGCCUGUAUUUUAUAUCAUCUAUUUUAAAACACAAGAGAAUGGCCCGGCAGCCCAUACCUCCAACACAACAGCAACCUCAAAUAUUUCAACAGAUGGAUUGGAAGGGAAAUUACUACAGAGCUCAGUUGUAGAAAAAAAUGCUAAGGGGGAGAUACGGCCAAAUACAGCCUCUCCUCCCAGCGCUGACGCCCAUAAGCCGGUGACUCUGACUCGAGUGCAAUCAGGGGGAUAACAGUACAGAUAUUUUCCUUUUUUUUAAAGUAGUUGAUGUAGUCCUGAGUUUGACUGAACUGGAGAUGUGAUUUUAUGGAAGAAUAAGGAUGCUCUGUUGCUUGUGAAGACCAAUAGGCAACUGGCUUAACGUUUGUGAACUCUGAUAAGGGAAGGUAUUUUGAAGCAGUUUGCUUUUCUUGCUUGCUUCAGGUAUUUCUUAAGAAUGAUUUUGUCUAAGAAGCUGAACCCUUUACUUCUAUGAUAAAGUGUGCAGUAUUGGUGUGACUGGAAAGCUGGGGGCUGUUUGUGUUUUUAAGAAAAUACGUUUUGCUUAGAGUAGAGGUGAGGACCUUUUUCAACGAAUGUCAUUUUUCUGUCUUGCAGAGCAUGGCAGCCUUGACAUACCUAACCCAAAAAACAGUGGCUUUUAGUUGGUUAGCUGGGGUGUGGCACAGCACAAGGACACCAGCAGCGCCUCACCACUACGUCUUGUGCACGGAUGUUUAAGCUGUGGGUGGUUCAAGCCCCAUGGCAGGCUGGGAGAGGCCAGACCUUUUCUCCUGGUGGAAGUCCUUCAGAGACUUCUUGAGAGCUGGUGUCCAUGCAGGCAGAGCUCAUGGCAGUCUUUGCUUUCAUCAGGGUUCUGCUGGGCCAGAGCCAUGGCAGCCUGGCAGCAGGUGUCCAGAGUAUUGGCAGAGGAGCUGGUGAGAGCAGAGUUAGGCUUGUGGGCUGGUGUGCUCGUCUCAAGGGCUUAUGUGGUGUGGGGAAGUCUAGCUGUUACCUGCUUUUGUUUUAAGUCCAUAGUGGUGCAUCUCAGAUGUCACACUGCAGUCAUGGGCUUGAGUUUCCUUGGUUGUACUCCUCAGAUGGGAGAGUGGUGCUAAGCUGAGUUCAUCUACAACGUCCAGCAAAGAAGCCCAACGUUACGUCAGGUAGCCACAGAAAGAGGAAUCAAAUCUUUUCUAGAUGGGGACUAGGAAGCUGCUGUAUGCUGAACAGUUCUGUCCACUCUGAGUAAAUAGGAGGGGUGAGGGGUGGAUGGUGGGUUUGUAUGGCUGAGCUGUCUGUAAGCCUGACGCAUGUGCUGUGUAGGAAGUUGGUGAACACUACACGCUGGAAGUGAGGAGAAAUGAGGCUUUGGGAAAGAGUUUUGCUGCAGAGAAUUGUCCUCAAAACUUUUCAAUUCAGCAAACUCUGGGACUGCAGACAGAGGUAAACUCUCCUAGAGCUAAAUGCUAAGGUAUUUCUGUAGCACAGUUGCAUGAAACCCCCAGGGAGGGGACGAGGGCAGUAAGACAGCAGCAGCCAGCUGGUUGUGUCAGCUCAUGGGGAGCCAUUGGGAUGCUUGUACAGAGCUCAGCUCCUGCGGGGGAGGCAGAGCUGGUGGGCAGGCACGCAGAUCAGCAGUUUGUCUGUGCCCUGCACCGUGUCCUCUCCACCAUUUGCUGUGUUCCCAGCAAGCUCAACAAGAUGCCUGCGGAAAAGAGCACAGAAUCCAUUUGCAGCAAGCUGUGGAGGUCAGACCUGAGCUGCUGGAGCAAUGCCCACCUGCUGCAGGCCUUGCUGCAGAGGGCACUGCUGCCUGGGAGCUGUGGAGGGUCACAGCAGGGGCAGCGUUUUUAGGGACCCUGGCUGCAGUGUUGGGGUGUGAUGCUGAACCUAACACCUGUGGCCAUUCCUUACCACAUGCAAGGUGCUGCUUUGGGUUUUGUUGGUUGUUUUUCAUGGGUUUUUGUUGUGUUUUUUUUUUUUUAAAGCCUUUAUGUUGUUGUUGCCUAAAACUGAGCAAAAGUGAAGAAGAUGGGUGAGGGGAGCAGCCUGACAGCGUCUUCUGUGUAGCACAAAAGGUGUGGGGGAAAGGAACAUUACGCAAAGCGAGCAUAGCCCUGUGGUGUUACACCUGUAACCUGGGCUCCUGCAGCCUUAAAAAGUGCUCAGGAAAACCUGAGCGGAAAUAAGUUGUGAAUGAGGAACCUAAAGUAUCUUGUAAUGGAGAAAAAAAAAAAAAGCUUGUAUUUUCUUCUGUGAAGGAAAAGUAUCCCACCUGGUUGGGAAGAGGGGCAUCGGUACAUUUUUAAAUCAAGUGACAUGAAAUAAAAGCACAAGGGGCACUUUCCCACCCCAGA